CUCCUAGCAGUCUACCGCUGAAGAGCGAUGACAUCCGCACUUGGAAAGGAAGAUCGAGUAGGAUUUGGUCAAGGCAAAUGUUGCGCAAUAUCCACAACAAGACGGCAACAACAUACAACUUCUUGAAGGAGCAGUGUCAGUAGUAAUUACAUAGAGGUGAUUGUCAAGGAGUGUUUGAGAUACUCACAGGAUGGAUGACAGUGAUGAAGAAAGCAGUCUUCAUUCCGCCCUUGAGCUAGACAUGAAUCGUCUGAAGUCACUUGUGCAGGACAGGACACCAGCAGACAUAAGGGACUUCCUGGAGAACUACCCAACUACAGCUGACAUCUUGAACAAAGCACCCUGGGAGGAUGGGAAUCCAUUAGUGUGGGCGUGUCAGAGGAACGAGGAGGAGGUUGUGACCCUCCUGCUGGAACACGGGGCAGAUCCGAACUACGCGCAUCCCUGGAUGUGCGUUAUGCCGUUACACUACGCUUCGGAUCACAAAAAGAACAAUCUAGGCAUUGUCAGGAAACUGCUGGAGGCAGGCGCCAGGAUCAAUGAUGUGUGCCAUGGGAAAGAACGAACUGCUCUACAUUAUGCAUGUGAACAAAAUAACAAGGACGUUGUGGCUCUCCUUCUUGCUCAAGGUGCAGUUGUAGAUAUCAUGGAUGCUUUUAUGCGCUCUCCAUUAUGUAUAGUGAAGAGUUUGUCCAUAGCCAAGAUGUUGAUAGAUGCUGGGAGUGACGUUAACUGGUGUAACGGAUACCCUUUUCACCAUCAUGCUUGUGACGGAAAUAUUGAAAUGGUGGAGUUUCUUAUGAAAAAUGGUGCUUCUUUUAACAAGGACUUCAUCACACUGAUGUAUGCAUGUGGGGAAGGGUAUGGUCAUGGUAGGCUCUUGGAGCUGAUGAUUUCUCAAGGAGGGUCGUCUAAUGAAGCCUUGAGGUCGAUAGUAAUGGGAAACAAUGCCAAGAAUGUUCCCGAAGCUAUGGAAUAUCUUAUAAGUGUUGGAGCAUCUGUGAACCAUGAGAUUUAUUUGAAUUAUGGUUGGAGGCCAUUACAUAUGGCUUGUGGUCUCCACAGACUGGACAAGGUUCAGCUACUGCUGGACUGGGGAGCAAGGACACAAGGAACUGUUGGACCAGAAAGUGAAGGUAAGAAUAAUGAAGGAAAAGAAACUGAAGGAGAAGAAACCAUGGGAGCAGAAACUGAAGGUAAAAAUAUUGAAGGACAAGAAACUGAAGGAGAAGAAACUGUGGGAGCAGAAACUGAAGGUAAAAAUAUUGAAGGACAAGAAACUGAAGGAGAAGAAACUGUGGGAGCAGAAACUGAAGGUAAAAAUAUUGAAGGAAAAGAACCUGAAGGAGAAGAAACUGUGGGAGCAGAAACUGAAGGUAAAAAUAUUGAAGGACAAGAAACUGAAGGAGAAGAAACUGUGGGAGCAGAAACUGAAGGUAAAAAUAUUGAAGGACAAGAAACUGAAGGAGAAGAAACUGUGGGAGCAGAAACUGAAGGUAAAAAUAUUGAAGGAAAAGAACCUGAAGGAGAAGAAACUGUGGGAGCAGAAACUGAAGGUAAAAAUAUUGAAGGACAAGAAACUGAAGGAGAAGAAACUGUGGGAGCAGAAACUGAAGGUAAAAAUAUUGAAGGACAAGAACCUGAAGGAGAAGAAACUGGGGGAGCAGAAAGUACCAAAACUGAAGGACAAGACACUCAAGGACAAGACACUCAAGGACAAGAAAUGCAAACACAACGACAUGACCCUCGAGGACAAGAAACGCAAGGACCAAUGUUUCCAUCUCUAUUUCAGUCCUUGAAAGGCAACGCUGUUACUCGAAGAAAAAGGUCUAGGCCAAUAGCAGCAGAUGUUGUCAUCAGGAUGACAGAACUGCUCCAUGCUGCUGGCACUCCCCUGAAGGAGGCUGAUGUUGUGGCACUACAACCAUACCUAGAGCUCCAACAAGAACACAUUCAACAGAGAAUGACAUCAUUGCUGGCCUGGUAUCUCCACCAUCCAAGGACUCUGAGAGAGAUCUGCCGUAUUGCUAUCCGAGCAGCUGUUCCGCCCAAGAAAGACAGAAGCAUAGAUCGGUUAGCUCUUCCAUCUCAGUAUAAAGGUUACCUGAAAUUUAAUGACAUAAAUGGUUAGUAUUGAUAUAUGAUAUUUACAUAUUUAUCAUUUUGUCUGGUACUGGAUGGCAUUUCGCAUAUUUUCUCAUAUUGCACGCAUUUCUACUAUGUAUACUAUCACUACCAUAAUGUGCAUGUAUCAAGGGUUGAUACGUACAUGUACGUACAGGGUAUUGAAUUCAAUUUUAGCUAUAUACACAUUAUAUCAUGACAGGUUUAAGACUCCAAGAUAUUAUAUGUAUUUACUGGCAUUUAAAAAUAAACAUCAGUUACUGCUGGUUGUCGAGUGACCUGUGCAUUCAUAAACAUGACAAAAGAAAAUUGGAAAAUGUAUUCCUUUUAGUUUUUUAGAUAUUGAGUAUAAUAAUUGUCCCACUUGGAAUUUUCUUUUUAUAUGAACGAAACAUAUUUGGUAAGUCUCUUUGGUAAAUGCUCAUGUUUAUUAUAUACUGCUCAAAAGUAAUAAAGAACAUCGGAUUCCUUCAUAUAACUAUAGUUAAUCAAUCACGCCACAUAUUGUUGUGCAUUGAGCAAAAGUUGCUACAAAUAUUGAACAAAAACGUGUGAAUAAAUAUGGUUACUCAUUAACUAUUGU